CGUUGCCAUGGAGGAGCUGAGCGCGGCGCUGGCCGCUGGCGCGGCCCUGUCCGGGCCCCACAGCACGGCCCGCCCGCACCCGCGCCUGGCCGCCUACAAGCCCCGCGGCGGCCCGGGGCAGGCCGAGCGCCGCCUCCGCCUCCUCCGCCUCCAGAGAGAGAGGCGGCUGGACUACGUGAACCAUGCCAGGAGGCUGGCAGAGGACGACUGGACCGGAGUGGAGAGCGAAGGCGAGGGGGAAGAGGCAGAGGAAGAUGCAGAGGAAGAGGAGAUGGACGUGGAUGCUGGCAAGAAGUUGCCCAAGCGCUACGCUAAUCAGCUGAUGCUGUCAGAAUGGCUGGUCGAUGUCCCCCUGGAUCUGGAGCAGGAGUGGGUUGUAGUGGUGUGUCCCGUUGGGAAAAGGGCACUAGUUGUGGCGUCCAGGGGCACAACAGCAGCCUACACCAAGAGUGGCUUCUGCGUCAACAGGUUCCCAUCCCUGCUGCCAGGGGGAAACCGGCACAAUUCAACGAGCGAGAAAGUGUACUGCAUCUUGGACUGCAUCUACAACGAGGCAGAGCAGACGUACUAUAUCCUGGAUGUGAUGUGCUGGAGAGGACACCCAGUGUACGACUGCCAGACCGACUUCAGGUUCUUCUGGCUCUUCUCAAAGAUCCAAGAGGAGGAAGGGCUGGGAGAGAAAAGCAAGAUUAAUCCAUAUAAGUUCGUGGGCCUGCAGAACUUCCCCUGCUCCUCGGACAGCCUGUGUAAGGUGCUGGCUAUGGACUUCCCCUUCAAGGUUGAUGGGCUCCUCUUCUAUCACAAGCAAACACACUACACGCCUGGCAGCACCCCGCUGGUGGGCUGGCUCCGGCCCUACAUGGUGCCCGAAAUCCUGGGGCUCACCGUGCCUGCCACCAAGCUCACUGCCAAGCCAGACUAUGCUGGGCACCAGCUCCAGCAGAUCAUUGAGAGCAAGAGGAGUAAAAAGCUGGCAGCAGCGAAGGGUCACCCAGGCGGCGCAGCGGCCGCAAGGAACGGACAUUACGAGCUGGAACACUUGUCUACCCCUCAGCCAGGAAAUUCUCUGGAGGGGCAGGAUGAAGCAGAGAGCCAGAUGGAGAAUUAGGCUGCUGGGACAGGCCAGUGGGGUAAUGAGAAAGGAAAAGAUUCCCUGCUUCUUGCACACACUUCCCGAGAGGGGCGGCGAAGCUAACGAUAGGAUGGUUUUGUUUAAAGGGCACAGAAGUAGAAUGUCUUGCUCCAAGUGCCGUUGGAUUAUUCUUUUUUUAGUUUGUUUUUUUUUUCUUUUGGCCAGGGCUUCCAUGAGGCCUAACAGGAUUGUCUGGCUCUUUGCUAAGGCAGUCGUGCGUUGGGAAAUGAAACACUCUGUCCCCGUACCGCGGGGUUCCCAGUUCAGCUCCCGACCUUGCUUCUGUUCAAGCCUCUGGCAAAGCUCCAGCAUAGGAACAGUGCUCAGACCUCCGAGGUGCAGCUGCUGCUGCUGACCCCGGCCGCGCAAGCCGGGCACUUCCCCCUGUGAUACCGCUGUUUACCGAGGCCGCCUCAAUGCAAGUUUUGUGGUCGGUCCGCAAACAAAAGUUUGGUACAGGCUGCUGUACCCGCAGCGGCCGGGCUUUCCACGCCCCCAGGUUCCCGAGGGAACCGAAGCGUCCUGCCCCUGAGCCCAGCGCUGUGCUGCGCGGCAGAAACCGGCUCGCGGGGGUUUUUUUCUCGGUAGGGGGAGGAAGGAAUGGCCUCGCUCUGAAAAACACCAGCAUUGAUUGUGCCAAAUAAAAGGUUUCUCAGAAGGACAAA